GUUGACUCCACCAGGACACACAGAAGAAGGCCUCCAACGGCACAACCAUGGACGCGUGGGCCGUUCAAUUCGGAAAUGCUUCCAAAGUCAGCCCCUUCGAGGGCGAACAAUACCACAUUGCCCCCAAAUGGGCGUUCUACCUGCAGGCAGCUUUCAUGGGCUUUGUAUUUAUCGUGGGCACACCUAUGAACGGAAUCGUCCUCUUCGUCACGAUGAAGUACAAGAAACUCAGGCAGCCUCUCAACUACAUCUUGGUAAACAUCUCCCUAGCAGGCUUCAUUUUCGACACGUUCUCUGUAAGUCAAGUAUUCGUCUGCGCUGCUAGAGGUUAUUACUUCCUUGGGUAUACGUUGUGUGCGAUGGAAGCGGCAAUGGGAUCGAUUGCAGGUCUUGUGACGGGAUGGUCCUUGGCUGUUCUGGCUUUCGAGAGAUAUGUGGUCAUCUGCAAACCCUUCGGAAGCUUCAAAUUCGGACAAGGCCAGGCUGUUGGAGCUGUGGUGUUCACCUGGAUCAUUGGUACCGCCUGUGCUACUCCUCCCUUCUUUGGAUGGAGCAGAUACAUUCCCGAGGGUCUUGGCACUGCCUGCGGACCUGACUGGUACACAAAAAGCGAGGAGUACAACUCAGAGAGCUACACUUACUUCCUUCUCGUCACCUGCUUCAUGAUGCCAAUGACCAUCAUCAUUUUCUCCUACUCACAGCUCUUGGGAGCCCUGCGCGCCGUUGCAGCCCAGCAGGCCGAGUCAGAGUCCACCCAGAAGGCAGAGAGAGAAGUGUCCAGGAUGGUUGUUGUAAUGGUUGGCUCUUUCGUGCUUUGCUAUGCCCCUUAUGCCGUCACCGCCAUGUAUUUUGCCAAUUCCGAUGAGCCAAACAAGGAUUACCGCCUGGUCGCCAUCCCUGCUUUCUUCUCAAAGAGCUCCUGCGUGUAUAAUCCCCUAAUCUACGCCUUCAUGAACAAACAGUUCAACGCCUGCAUCAUGGAGACUGUAUUUGGCAAGAAGAUUGAUGAGUCCUCAGAGGUUUCCAGCAAGACCGAAACCUCAUCUGUGUCUGCAUAAAUACUCCCGCAGCACAUUUACAAUCCGUCUGGACCAGCUUUGCGGUUAUCCUCCCCCUGAUUGUUCAAAUCCCGUAACUUUACACAAUGUCGAGGGCCAAGGGAGCCCCUUUGGAUGGCCAAACUGGGGGAUGAUAUCCGACCAUCCUUUCUGUGCAGAACUGGUACACCUAUGUCUAUUUUAUAUUUUGUAAAGAAAAACAUUGCCAUUUUAUGCUAAAACGAUGCAUUACGCAUUGAGGACAAAGUAGAAUAUUUAAUUUUUAACUUGCAAGUAAAAAAUUACCAAAAAAAAAAAAGGGAUAAUAAUAUGAGACACCCUCUCAUGUGAAUGGACUUGGGCAAUCUGAAAAAGGAAAUUCCUGACUUUAUUAUAAAUAUUCUAUGGACUGUCAUAUAAGGCGUUGUGCAAUAGGCAUCAAACCUAAAAGAACGUACUUUAGGCCAGCUUUCUGGUUGGCUUAUCCAAUAUACAUAAUUAGGAUCGUCAGGAAUUAUCCAAGUCCAUCCGCUUUUGCAGCUCAGGAAUCGUUCACUGUCUGCUCCUGUCCAAUCACUGGCUUUGGAUCUCUGUUAUCUGUAUCAAUAUUACCUCUGUACAUGUUCUGUUGUAAUUAGACAUGCAGUGUGCAUGCAUUUGUACAUGUGCCCUGUUUUUAGAGUUAAUAAAGAUUUAUAUUGUUUGAUGCA